GCUGACUGGAGAGUCCCGGUGGCCCUCAAAUGCCUGCAGGGCCCGCUGCUUGACAGCGACAGAAAUCACCUUUUAAAAGAAGCAGAGAUAUUACACAAAGCCAGGUUUAGUUACAUUCUGCCGAUUUUGGGAAUUUGCAACGAGCCUGAAUUUCUGGGGAUAGUAACAGAAUACAUGACAAAUGGGUCAUUAAACCAGCUUUUACAUGGGAAAGAUGUAUAUCCUGAAAUACCCUGGUGCCUAAGAUUCCGCAUUCUUUAUGAAAUUGCUUUGGGAGUAAACUAUUUGCACAACAUGAAUCCUCCGUUGUUGCACCAUGACUUGAAAACCCAAAAUAUUUUGCUGGAUGAUGAGUUUCAUGUCAAGAUUGCAGAUUUUGGCAUGUCAAAAUGGCGUGUUAUAUCCAUGUCGCAAUCACGAAGUGAAACCUCUUUACCAGAAGGAGGCACUAUUAUCUACAUGCCACCUGAAGAUUACAAUCCCAGUCAGAAAACCCGUGCAAGUGUAAAACACGAUAUCUACAGUUAUGCAAUUAUUAUGUGGGAAGUGAUGUCAAGGAAACGGCCAUUUGAAGAAGUUAUAAACCCCUUGCAGAUAAUGUAUAGUGUGUCACAAGGACAGCGACUAGACUUAAGUGAAGAAAGUUUAUCAAUGGACAUUCCUCAUCGGGUGCUCAUUGUAAGAUUGAUAGCAAGUGGAUGGGCACAAAACCCAGAUGAAAGACCAUCAUUCUUGAAAUGUUUACUAGAGCUUGAGCCAGUCCUGCGAACAUUUGAUGAAAUAGCUAUGCUGGAAGCAGUAAUUCUGUUAAAGAGAUCAAAGUCCCAAUAUGAAUCACAGUGUAUUUAUAAGAGUGGGAAGAAAACAGAUGUGAAGCAGAUAUCACUAAAUAUACCUCUGAAUCCCCAGGAGGAAACAUGUUCUGCCUCCAUACAAUGUGAUGCACUUCCUCUUCGGAGCAUCUCUCCAGAUGUAUCAACAUUCAAGUCUGUUCCCAAGUGCAAUAUCCUCUCAUCAGAUGGAGAUUCUGAGGUUCUACACUCUCUCAGCAGUCAGAGCACAGAUGAAAAUACCUCUAUAACUCAAAGUGCCAAACUUAUUGUGCAUCCAUACAGUUCCUUUCCCUCAUCUGACAAGUGUAUUUCAGAUGCCUCAAAUUCUGCAUCAUACAUGCUACGGUCAUCACCAGUUCCUUCAGAUUUUGCUUCGGAAACCAUACAACAGAAUGUAGCUCAUCAAUGGAUACAAAGUAAAAGAGAAGAAAUUAUUGAUCAGAUGACUGAAGCAUGUUUGAAUCAGUCACUGGAUGCUCUUCUAUCAAGAUUUUUACUCAUGAAAGAAGACUAUGAACUUAUAAGCACCAAACCUACAAGGACAUCAAAAGUCCGACAACUUCUUGAUACCUCAGAUAGCCAAGGAGAGGAAUUUGCCAGAAUUAUAAUACAGAAGUUGAAAGAGAACAAACAGCUAGGACUUCAACCCUACCCAGACAUUGUAUCUAAUUCUCAAAGACUGCAUCUUUAA